UCGGGCUUUCUUACAAAGGUGUUUGCCAGUCAGGUUGGCUUAGGUGGCCCCGUACUCCAAAAGACAGUUAUUUUUCAGGUUAGAGAUUACCGGCGCAGCAGAACCCAUGGACCGAUAUUUUUUAUAAAGUCAAACCAACGGUCAAGAUUUAAAAAUUCGUAAAGUGCUGUUUGGCGAUUGAUAUACAACACACCGCAGAAAUGAAGUCUGCACCAGAACCAAAGGACGUAUUAGAAUUCCAAUUCAAGGAAUCAAGCACCUCGAAAAUAUCAAAUGGCUUUACUUCAGUCCCUGCAUCCUGCAGUCUUGUUGUAGUUGAUGGGAAACGAGGAUUACUUUAUACAUCAUGUGAAAAUCAAAUCAUAGUUCUCAAAAGCGGAGAUAAUGCAGACAAGCAUUGGAGGAAGGAAUACGUUUUACCAGCCAAUAUUACCCGACUAGCGCUGAAUUGUGAUUGUUCCUUUCUUGCUGUCACUUUUCACCAUCCUACUGCCUACAUUUAUAACGCAGUUAUUUCUAUGGAGCCGAACUUGCAGUUGUUACGUGAGAUUAAAUUAUCAUCGGCCGAAAAUGUUUACGUCAUGGAUCUUCGUUGGAACCCAUGUAUUCCGGGAAUGCUGUGCACUAUAACAAGUGAUCACACUAUAGGACGCUUCAACAUAACAGUGGACGAAAAUUCAAGUGUAUUAACUGUAUUAGAGCAAUUAGAAAAGCUGGAAGUCCUCUGCGUUGCUUGGAGUCCCAAAGGAAAGCAGCUGGUAGUGGGAUGUAAAGACGGCAGUCUACUGCAGCUGAAACCAGACCUGAAAAAAGCCCGAAACAUCACCGGUCCUAAUCCAAGUAUUGGAAGUGUGAUAGCUCUUCUAUGGAUUAGUAGUUAUCAGUUCUGCGCUGCAUACUCAGAUCCGCAGGAAUCACGAAUAAAAGUACUCAUCAUUGAUGCACCCAAAGGUGAAGCUAAUGCAAUUUUCACCUGUUACGAAGAUAUAACUUAUGGUUCAUUUGAAGGAGGUGACCCUAGGUAUUAUUUUGAACAUGUUCCGGAAUGGGGAUUAAUUGUCGCUGCCAGUAGUGGCAGCAGCGAAGUCGCUGUCUUAGGCUCUCGCGACAAUGGAACUAAUUGGGAACACUGGCAAUUGGUUGACAGUGGUAGAGCGCAGUUACCUCUUAUUCGUACAAGCGAGAGCUAUCCUGUUGGUCUUGCGGUAGACAGAACAUCUGUAGAAAAACUGCCAUGGGGUGGCGAAGGUUCAACCCUUCCCCAUCCUGUGCCUAUGCUCCAUAUUCUUGGAACUUUGGGACAGUUAUGCAGCUUUCAUAUGGUUAAUUUAAUGCCUGGAAUUCCGGCUGUCUGCUCUCCUCCAAUAGAAAUUGUUCCACCGAUAAGCCAACCACGUCAUAGUAUCGGGGCUUCUGAAAUAUCUUUCAAUUUGAUCGGUGGCACUACGAGCACUCCACGGCCCAAGCAAAUAAAUGCAAUCCCAGAUCGAUCGAAAAUUCCAUCCACUACUAUUUCAUUUGGAGAUUCUCUUAAAGUCGGUGCUCCGCAACCUCAAGUGGAGUUCAGUAUGCCAAAACCACAGAUAGAAAAAAUCGAAAUACCAGCCAAACCAGAAACAACAGUAGCUGUCAGUAAAGAUUUAAAGCAACAAGAGAAAGUAGGAAUUGACAGCAGCAUAUGUAUCAAGGCAUUUCAAGAAGAAAGCUCUUUCUUCGAGGAGGAACUGAAAAGUCGUCGAGAGUUGCCAUUAGUAGAUAUCGGAACUCCAGCUGAACGGACUGAACUCAUAGAGAAAACUGAGAAAAUGGAGAAAUUCUUGAUGGAUUUGCAAGAAGCAACAGCAAGUCUGACGAGUGACAUUGUGUACUUGAAAGCCUUGGUGUUACAAACAUUUGCUUGGCUUGAAGAAACAAAAUCUAAAUGUGUGUCGGGUACUUCUAAUAAUACACAUAUUCAUAGCGAAAAUAGUAAGCUAAAAGAAUUGCGGAAUCUCUUGUAUUACACACAGACCCAAUUGGACCAGGCUACAAGAAUCCUAGAUGAUGAAUGGUUUGAACACAUCAACAAAGAAAAAAGGAGAAUGAAAUUAUCCAGUCUGGAAUUUGUCUACCAAAACAUGGUUAGACAUUGGGAUAUUAUCGCUGCACAAAAAAGUAUGAUUCAGAAGCAAAUCAAAAAGUGGAAAAAUCUCACGCGAGGAAAUACCAACGCUUCACUGAACAAAUCUAUGGCCAGCAUGGCACUAACUUCUCCAAUUAACCCUAGCAUUAAUAGCACUAGCAGCGCUAUAGAACAAAGAUGCAAAAGAAUAGCGAACCAAAGCAUUAGCUUCAGUAAAGAAAAGCAGAGCAAACUAAGGAAUCUACUGAAGCACUCUACAAUAAGAAGUAUCAAAGCAGCAACCCCAUCGCCGAUUCAAGAACGACUAGAGGCAACACUAUCCUCGCUAGCAACUGUUAGUCCACCUAAACAAGUACACCAACCAAAAGCUAAAUCAAAGUCUGUGGCAAAACCUGAACAAGCUGUGGUAAAUACAGCUUCACCCUUUCAACCAGUGAAAAGUCCUCUAGCAUCUUUGGAUCGAAUAGUUGCUAACAUUGGAGGAUCGGAUAUUGUACAGCCUGUCAAUGCUCAAAAUAACCCACCUCCAGCACCCCUUGCUACAUCUCCCAUAAUCAAAAUACCCCAAGUCGAUAGCAAGUCUCGAAUUGCCACUGCAUUAUCAGCUGCUCAAACUUCAUCAAUGGGACCACCGAAAUCUACUAAGCCAAUCACUGUUUCAUCAUUGAGCACACCACAUGCACCUCAUAAAGCACUACCUGAAGUAUCUCCCUUUUCUUCAAAUACUUCGAAAACGUAUUUGCCAACUUCAUUACCUCCGCCGCUGAUACAAACACCAGGAUCAGCAUCAUCUGUGCCCAAGGAAUUCUCAAAAAUUGAACCUAUUCUAUUUUCCUCUCCCGUUAAAGUAGAUGCAACACUGCUGUCAGGUACAUCGUCAGGGAUAACAUCCCCAGCAGUCGCUACUGUGACACCUUCACCUUCAGUUCCAUCAUUACAAGUUGCUCCUCAGACAAGUUUCAGCUUUUCAUCUCCAGUCCAACUACCCUCUAGUCAUCCACCCAAUUAUCCAACUAUGACAAAACCAUCAUCCACUGCAGUCUCUACGCCAACGAUUUCAACAUCGCCAACUACGCCGUCACUACAGAGCUUUUCAUUUGCCUCCAAACCUACAGGCACUGCAGCUUUUUCUUUUGCUUCAAAACCAGUAACUAGCCUACCAUCCGGUUCAGCACAAUCACUGGACUUAUCAGCCAUGGGGUUGAACUUGAACUCUUCUAAUGUUUUGCCUCAAAAUUCAGCGACAGCAACGUCGGGAGCUAAUAAUAGCUUAUUUGGAUCUCUUGGAAGUUCUCCAUCUGGAUCGAUAUUUAGUAACGCUUCAAUCACCUCCAAAGACCAAAUUCCAGGAUCAAUCUUUGGGGGUAUCUCUGGAUCACCAAUAUAUGCAGGACCCGCGUCUAAUAAUGGGUCUUCAUUCGGUGGAGAGACCGUUCCAUCAGCUAAGCCUUCAAUUUUUGGAAGUGGGGCCACUAAUUCACUUGGAUCUAUUUUUGGUGGUUCACCUCAAAGUUCCUCAGCGUCUGUUGUCAGCAGUCUACCAGCUGCAACCUCUUCCUCAUCGGUCUUUGCAAACUCUGCUACUUCUGUGCAGUCUUCCGUAUUUGGCAAUAUUUCCAGUGUAUCCAAUACGUCGUCACCGUUUAGGGAGAAACCAUCUUCCUUGUCGAGCGUGGCACCUUUAGGAGGAGCUCUAGCAUCAUCAGGACCGCUUUUUGGUGAAACUCAGAGUCUUAUUAAACCACCGACAUUUUCUGGAGACUCUGCCGCAUCCACAACUACCUCAGUUUUUGGUAGAUCUUCAGACCCUAAACCAUCUGCAUUUGGGGGUAUUUCUGCUAGCGCCUCACCGCUACCAGUAUUCAGAAGUGGAACUGCAGGAUCUGCGAGCCCAUCGAUCUUUGGUGGAAGUAUUUCAAGUACUCCAAAUACAUCAAUUUUUGGUGGCAUACCGUCGAAUCCACCCACUGCAUCAGUCUUUGGAACCGUUCAACCCACAUCCCCUAAUCAGUCAAUAUUUGGUGGAUCAGCUUCUAGUCCUACUUCAGGACCAAAUCUAGCAGUAGCUACACCAACAUCAACUGUCAAUGUCCCAGCAUUUGGCCAGGCAGCAACUUUUGGCGCAAAGCCAGAAUUUGGAUCCAUGUUUGGAGCUUCAAAGCCAAUAUUUGGGGGUGGUUUUGGCAAUGCUUCGUUUCCUGUUUCUCCACAGACUGCGAGUGGGUUUAGCGGAUUCAGCUCCUCACCUCCAUUGGAAGGUGGCCAAAUGGGAAAAGUUUUUGGUGAAAGCAGUGGAAGUAGCACUUUCGAAAACCUUGCUGCUCAAGAUGGAGGCUUAACAUUCGGUAAUCUAGCCCAGAAACAAGCAGAGCCUGCGCCACCACCUGCAUUCUCAGGGAAAAGCUCAUUCCAAAGUUGGAGAUAAUAAGACUCAAUGGCAACACAUCAUUAUCUCUUCAAUACAAGAGUCGGAGGAAUAUUUUUUGAACAGUGUGUUAUACGUAUUGUGACUGAGAAACUAUUUUUUGUUCAUAUGAUCAAAAUAUUUGUACUAUAUUGUUGUCAUUAUGUAACAAUAACAAUUUACUUUUCAUAAU